UCGUGUUCUCUGUUUCGACCGGGAUUAUUUUGUCGACGCACCCAAACUAACGCCAAUGCUCCCGCAUAAGGGUUAAUAAUUUUAAGGGUCAUAAAGAAACAUUUAAAUAUCACCCAGCAUGGGAGACAAGCCUUUGAGAGUACUCGCAUGCGGGGACGUUGAAGGAAGAAUAAAUGCUUUAUUUAACCGCGUGAAUGCCAUUCAGAAAAAGAGCGGGCAAUUUGAUUUACUACUGUGUGUUGGUGACUUUUUCGGAACCUCUUCUGAGGCUGAAGCAGAAUGGGAAGGCUACAAAUCUGGUGCUAAAAAAGCACCCAUCCACACUUACGUUCUCGGUGCAGCCAGCCAAGAAACCGUAAAGUAUUAUCCCAGUGCAGAUGGCUGCGAGCUGGCAGAAAACAUUAUAUGUUUGGGUCGACGAGGCAUAUUCACAGGGGCGUCUGGGGUUCAGAUUGCUUAUGUAAGUGGCAGAGAAGCUCAACAGGAACCUGCGCCCUCACACUGCUUCACCCCUAAAGACAUGGGCGCCCUGGUGACGCCAUUGCUGUCUAACUCAAAGUUUCGAGGAGUGGACAUACUUCUGACCUCACAGUGGCCUCGAGGAGUGUGGCAGUAUGGAAACAGUCCCGAAACUGACACAAAAUGUUGUGGGGUUUUGUCGAUAGCAGAACUUGCUGACAAGUUGAAGCCCCGCUACCAUUUUGCAGGAAUAGAAGGGGUACAUUAUGAGAGGUUGCCUUACAGGAAUCAUUUGGUCCUUCAAGAGAAUGCACAACAUGUCAGCAGAUUCAUCGCCCUGGCAUCGGUCAACAAUCCUGCCAAGAAAAAGUACUUGUAUGCCUUCAACAUUGUCCCAAUGAAAAACAUGGACGCCACAGAGUUAGUCAAACAGCCUCAGGAUGUCACAGAAAAUCCCUACAGGAAACCUACGAAAGAUGGGAAGAAAGACAAACCGCCUACCUAUAUGCUUCAGGCUGAGGAGGAACCAGCAUCGCAGUUCUUCUUUGAUCUGGGUCAGAAGAAACCACAGCAACGUCAGGGUCAUGGCAGAAAGAGACAGUCUGAUGGAGAUCAACCUGGACAACACAAACAGCCCCGUAAACCCCCACAGCCCACUGGACCCUGCUGGUUCUGCCUCGCGAGUCCAGAAGUUGAAAAGCACUUGGUCAUAAGCAUUGGAACACAUUGGUACAUGGCUCUAGCUAAAGGCGGCCUCACCCCAGACCAUGUUCUUCUGCUGCCCGUCGGUCAUUACCAGGCAGUGGUGGAUCUGGCAUCGGAGGUGGUUGAAGAGAUGGAGAAAUACAAGACUGCUGUCAAGAAGUUCUGCAAAAGCAAAGGCUGCCGAUGUGUGCUGUUUGAGAGGAACUACCGCAGCCAGCACCUUCAGCUACAGGUUGUGCCGGUGCCCAUGGACAAGUGCAGUACAGAAGACAUCAAAGAGGCAUUUAUGACGCAAGCCGAGGAGCUGAAGAUUGAGUUGAUGGAGAUUCCGGCUCACACGGACCUUAAGCAGAUUGCUCCUCCAGGUACACCAUACUUUUAUGUGGAGCUGGAUACGGGCGAGAAGCUUUUUCAUCGCAUAAGGAAAAAUUUCCCUCUACAGUUUGGCAGGGAAGUUUUGGCAAGCGAGGCGUUGUUAAACAUCCCUAUGCGUGCUGAUUGGAGAGAAUGUAAAUGCACGAGGGAAGAGGAAGAGGAUUUGACCAAACAAGUGCGCUCUGACUUCCAGCCCUUCGACUUUGCCCUUGAUGACUAAGGAGACAUUUCGGAUACCUUCAACUUUGAAUUCUGUUUAUGGACUUCCUGAAUAUGGUCUUGAUGUCAGUGUACAGUAUCUUCAAAUUUUAAAUCUUUUAUGCUUUUAAAAUCUUGUCUUAUGUUAGAUGUAGUCAAAUUUGUGUUUUGUGACUAGAAUUAAAGUCAUUUUUUAAGUUUGUAA